UUUUCCCUGUGAACCUGGAAUCUUCUGAUAGAGCUGUUUUUGCAACCUGUGCCUCUGCUCUGAGACAGCAAUCUGCAGCAGGGAAGAGCUGAGCAGGGGCUGCCACUUCUGAUGAGUGAAGAACUGCAAAAACAGCUGUGUUCUUCUGUAGGGGCCUGGCUUGGAAGAACGGCUGAUGGACAGCCUGUCUGCAGAGAUUUGCUGGCUGAUUUUGAAGACCAGGAACAAACAGAGUCUUUGUGGACUUCCUUUGCUGAUGGCAGAGUCAGACUGAGGAUAGAUAACUCAUGUCCGCAGACUCCCAUAACAGUUCAUCAGAUGUUCAAGGAGAGCCUCGAAAAAUACGGAUCUCUUAAUGCUUUGGCCAGCAGAAAGAAUGGAAAGUGGGAGAAGAUAACUUUUUCAGAGUACUACUGCUUUUCAAGGAAAGCAGCCAAGAGCUUCUUGAAACUUGGUCUUGAGAGAUUCCACAGCGUAGCAAUCCUUGGAUUUAAUUCUCCAGAGUGGUUCAUCUCAGCCGUUGGAGCCGUGUUUGCUGGAGGAAUUGUCACAGGAAUAUACACAACCAAUUCUCCAGAGGCCUGCCACUACAUUGCUUAUGACAGCAAAACCAACAUCAUGGUUGUGGAAAAUCGGAAACAACUGGACAAGAUAAUGCAGAUCUGGAAUCGUUUGCCACACUUGAAAGCUGUUGUGCUAUACAAGGAUUCAGUUUUGGAGAGACACCCAAAUUUGUAUACGAUGGAAGAGUUUCUGAAGCUGGGAGAUGACAUAUCUGAUGCUACUUUAGAUGACAUUAUUAACUCCCAAAAGCCGAAUCAAUGCUGUGUGCUAAUAUAUACAUCAGGAACAACUGGGAAGCCAAAAGGAGCUAUGCUGAGUCAUGACAAUAUAACGUGGACAUCAGCACAUUGCAGCAGAGCAGGAGAUAUGCAACCUGCAGAGGUCCAACAGGAGUCCAUAGUCAGUUAUCUUCCACUCAGCCACAUAGCUGCACAAAUAUACGACCUGUGGACUGGAAUCAAAUGGGGAGAGCAAGUUUAUUUUGCUGAGCCAGAUGCUCUGAAGGGCAGUUUAAUCAACACACUAAAAGAAGUGCAACCAACAUCUCACAUGGGAGUUCCCAGAGUAUGGGAGAAAAUCAUGGAGAAAUUAAAGGAUGCUUUUGCUCAGUCAGGAUUUGUGAAGAAGAAAAUGCUGUCAUGGGCUAUGUCAGUGAGCUUAGAGAGAAACCUGAACUGCUCAAGCAGCAGUGACUUGAAACAGUUUUGGACAAGGCUAGCAGACUACUUGGUGCUUGCUAAAAUACGCAGUGCACUGGGUUUUUCUAGCUGUCAGAAGCACUUCUGUGGUGCUGCUCCUCUCAAUACAGAAACGCUGUAUUUUUUCUUGGGUCUGAACAUCACCCUGUAUGAAGCCUAUGGCAUGAGUGAGACCACAGGCCCACACUGCCUCUCAGGGCCAUAUAACUACAGGCAGCACAGCUGUGGUAAACCAGUACCUGGCUGCAGAGUGAAAUUGGUGAAUGAAGAUACAGAAGGCAAUGGAGAAAUCUGUUUCUGGGGAAGGACUGUUUUCAUGGGUUAUUUAAACAUGGAAGACAAAACAAAAGAAGCCUUUGAUGAGGAUGGGUGGCUGCAUUCUGGAGAUUUAGGAAAACUAGACAAGGAUGGCUUUCUCUAUGUCACUGGAAGAAUUAAAGAUUUGAUUAUUACAGCUGGAGGUGAAAAUGUGCCUCCCAUUCCAAUUGAAGAUGCUGUUAAGAAAGAACUCCCAAUUGUUAGUAACGCCAUGGUGAUUGGAGAUAAAAAGAAAUUUUUGUCCAUGUUGCUGACCCUAAAGUGCAUCCUGGACCCAGAUACAUCGGAUCCCACUGACAUCCUCACUGAACAAGCCAGAGAUUUCUGCCAAAAGAUUGGCAGUAAAGCCACUACAGUAUCAGAGAUUGUAGCGACAAGGGAUCAGGCGAUCUACCAGGCCAUUCAGGAGGGAAUCAACAAAGUCAACAUGAAUGCCACUAAUAGGGUUCAUUGCAUUCAAAAAUGGAUAGUGCUGCCAAGAGACUUCUCUAUUUCUGGGGGAGAACUAGGUCCCACCAUGAAGUUAAAACGGCUCACUGUGCUUAAGAAAUACAAAAAUGAAGUGGACUCCUUCUAUGAAGAGUAAGAAGCCUUUCAUCGGAGCAUUAAGAAAGAUUUGUAAGCUACAGGAAGUAUUUCCUAAUCCAAAUCAUUAAGGAAAACUAAUGCUUGUUUUUAUUUUGCAGUCAUGCACUAGAAAGCUGCUAUGUUAAUUUAGUUAUUCCCAAUGCUCACCUGAUAGUUUGUCCUGUUCUGUACAGUGUGCCCAUUCUAUAAUAUGUAUUUUACAUUAUGCCCUAAAUGAGCAAGAUUAAUGAUACCCUCAUAGGUUGUGUGAAGUGAGUAUAUGUUCUCUAGACUGAAACAGAAAAAGCAGUGAUCUGCCCUUAUAAUUUUUCUGUUCUGCAGGAGGUUGCCUGGAGCUUAUGUGGUAAAUGAAUAGUUAGUUUAGUAAAAUUGUUCCACCACUCUGGAUAUAAAGCUGAUCAGUUUUUAAAAUAACAAUAAUAAAAAAUC